AUGACAAGAACGUGGCUGGUGUUUUUAGAGAAGAUUUCGAGGCCGAAGAGUAAAAACUCGGGAGUGGACGCAAAAGCUCACCAGGCCAAGUCGGACAUAUUCUAUACUCUGGUGCCGAUCUACCACAUAAGCAAAAUUUGCGGAUUGUUGCCUGUGAAAUUCGCGGUGAACAAGACUGGCAGGUAUAGCGGGCGACUCGAUUACCCGCAAGUGGGCUAUGGAGUGCUGCUCGUGCUGGCGUUAGCAGGGGCGCAGUGCUGGGGCCUGUACCGCGAUCUGCGCAACGGCUGGCAGAACAGCACGAGACUGUCAUCGGAGACGGCGAUCACGGUGACCUGCAGCGAUGUGUUCGCCGUGAUCAGUGUGGCCGUGGUGGCGAUCCUCGGCUCGUCCCGCCGCUGGCGACACUUGCAGCGGGGCCUGGACAAGCUCGUCGACGUGGACGAGAAACUGGGCGUGGUUACGUCGCGGAAGCUGCGCCAGCUGUCGGUCGUCGUCAUAUCCUGCAGCCUGGUCUACCUGGUCGUCAUCUCAACGCUCGACUACGUGUCCUGGAGCGUAUCGUCAGCGACGAAGAACAACCACGUGUACGGCGACAAGGGUCCCGUCAACUACUGCCCGCUGUACUUCAUGUACGUGGUGAUCGUAGCCUUCGAGAUGCAGUACGCGAUCGUGCUGUUCAACGUCGGCGAGCGCUUCCUCAAGCUCAACCAGAGCAUCGAGGAGCUCACCAGGACCAACCUCGUCGUCGACCACUUCCGCAAGGACCUGGCUCUCGCCGUUGCGGAGCCGCGACGCGAGAUCUCCCAGUCGAUCUCGUCAUUCGUCUCGUCGGAGCUGGGCCACCACAACCGGCUGCGCCGUGCGAACAGGCUCAUCUGCUCCGACUUUACCGAAGGUGGUGGUGGCGGCGGCGCGUCGGAGGCGAUCGACCAGCUGACCACGCUGCACGGGACACUCUGCGACAGCGUGGUCCACGUGAACGAGGCCUACGGCGCGGCCAUACUCGCCGGCACGAUCAGCUGUCUGAUCCACCUCAUCAUCACGCCCUACUUCCUCUACAACGAGAUCUACAGCCCCAACAGCAGCAGCUGGUAUGUGCUCAUCCUGCAGGUCUUCUGGAUACUCUUCCACGUCUACCGGCUGCUACUUUUCGUCCAGCCGUGUUACAUGGUCUCCGUCAAGGCAAGGACCACGGGCGCUCUGGUGAGCCGGGCUCUCGCCGCCAACUGCGAUCCCCAGGCGAAGAAGCAACUGGAGAUAUUCUCCGUGCAGCUGCUGCAGAGACCCGUCGAGUUUACCGCGUGCGGACUCUUCUAUCUGGACCGUGGAUUGAUGACAUCGAUUGCCGGAUCGGUCACCACCUAUCUAGUCAUACUCGUACAGUUUCAAAACGCCGACGACACCAAGGGAACCAAGCAUCUGCUGCAAAAUGCUUCCGAGUUGUUGAGGAACGUUUCCAGCAUCAAAAACAUAACCACGGUCAAGUAAAGAGACAUCCACAUCUCGGCUUUCCGGUUAUUUUAUCGUCAUAGCAUAGUGUCGCUUAAUUCGUCUUGAUUUUAUAAGUCGUGUAUUAACUUUUUCCUACAUUAAAUACAUUGAAUCCGAUGGUGUGUAAGGACUUAGGAUAUAGAAGUUUCAAUGGAACUAUAUCGUCAUGCAUGCAAUAUUGCAACUUUCAGUACUUAUUGUGUGUAAGAUAAACGUAAUGCUUUCUAUUGUGACUAGACUUCUUCCAGACUAUUACGUAGAUCAGCGAUUUUCCUGAAAGUCGAUAAUUGUUAUUUAUGCAGUAGUAAUCGAAUCUCCGUUGGAUAGCUUGGAUUUUAUUCUACGAGAAUCAGCAUUAACAUGAGUGGAGCCAGCACCCUAUAAGAAGCAGUAAAAUGGAUGGAUAUAGCGAGCGCCACUACUCUAUAUGUCGCCGUCCUAAGCCGACCGUCGCCGGCUGGCCGAUAUUUAGCAAGCUCACUUGAAGUUGCUCUUAAGAAUUGAGAGAGGAUAAGCUAUAUUUGCUUCAGACAAUAUAUUGCUUUAAUAAAUUAGAUGGCAUCUAGUUAAGUGCACGUUCGACACGACUGCUCCAAAACCGGAGCGCAGAGAGAUCAGACGGUCGGCUGAGGUCGCCGCGAUAUAGGGGAGCGGUCGCUACCAUAUCCCUUACUGCUUUUUCUGUAUUAUCUGCUCUACUUAUUCUAAUGUUGGUUCUUAUAGAAUGAAGUUCAGUUAAGAAGUUUGGCGAAACAAAACUUUACAAAAUGAUAAACACAAUUUUUUUAAUGAAUAUUUUUGAAAAAGUACUCUUGUAUUUUGUACUUUGAUAGUUCGUGCUGUUACAAUUAUUUUAAAACAUUGAUAUUAAUAUUUUUUAAUUGUUUAUAGUUGUAGACCUACUUGUCGUAAUGAUCUAAACAUUUAUAUAAAGGAACUUCGUUACUAUAUAGACAACACUUAUAAUACCAAGUUUGACGAAAAUCAAUCACCAACACUCU